AUGUUGUAAUGCAGGAACAAAUGUGCAGCUUGCUAUAGACAGUUCAAUAGGAUGGAACAUUUAGUUGAACAUAUGAGAACUUCGUUUCAUUCAGUUCAUGAACCUACUUGUGGUGUUUGUAAAAAGCACUGCCGAUCCUUUGAAUCUCUAAGGGAACAUCUAAUAGGUCCAUUGCCCAAACAAGAAUGCAGGAACGUGUUCAACAUCCGAGGCUGCAAGUUUUGUUUAGCCAUUCUCGAUAGCCCUUAUGCUCUUAGGGUUCAUCAAGACAGAUGCCAGCUCUCUGGAGUGAACCAUGGGAUAUCAGCUUACAUGGCUAACUUGGGUCUUAGAGAUAGCUUAACAAUCGACAAUGGUUAUUCAAGAGGCCCAGAAGUUGUUGCACUUGCAUGCAAAACUGUUGGUGGUGGAAGCGAUAGGUCAUUGGAUCUUUGUGCAAGGGUUUGCAUCAUUGAUGAAAAGGAGAAUAUAAUCUUCCAUACUUUUGUUAAACCUCCUAUUCCAGUCACAAACUAUAGGUACGAAACAACAGGCAUUCGACCAGAACAUUUAAGGGAUGCAAUGCCAUUGAGACAAGUUCAAAGAAAGGUUCAAGAUUUCCUUUGCAAUGGAGAACCAACGUGGAAAAUUCGAUCACCUAAAGGUGGAAAAGCUAGGAUUCUUGUAGGGCAUGGUCUUGAUCAUGACCUAGAUAAAAUGCAAUAUUCAUGUUCGAUAUUUGUUUACAGGGAUACUGCAAAAUAUCCUCCCUUGAUGAAAACAAGCAAACUUAGCAACUCACUCAAGUACUUAACUCAAGCAUAUUUGGGGUAUGACAUUCAAAAUGGCAUUCAAGAUCCUUAUGAGGAUUGUGUUGCAACAAUGAGGCUUUACGUUAGGAUGAGGAGACAAGUUCAUAGGAGACAAGACUACCCGUUGGCUUCCGACCCUCAAAACCGGAACAACUUCGCGUCGUGGAGGCAAAACGAGCUCGAGAGGAUGUCCCCUGAAGAAAUGUUGGCAAUCUCAAGGUCUGAUUACUACUGUUGGUGCUUGGAUUCUGCAUAAAGACACUGAGAAAUGCCACUAUUUCAUUCUCCUCCCCCCCCCCUCCCCCAAUUACUUGUUAUAGCAA